AAAAGGGAAGGUGUUGUGGAAUUCCUUUCUUUUUGCUGAAGGAAGACCCUCUGGAGAUGUCUUCCAAUAUUGACCCUGUUACAAUCCCAAUGAUAGAAAGAAAUCCCAGUGACCCUCCUGAAAUGGACACCAGUGACCAGAACACAUUGACUGAAGAGGCUGUGUUAAGUUUUCAUAACAUCAACUACCAAGAAAUAGUGCAAAGUGGUUUUGCAUUUUGUAAAAAGACAUGUAUGAUAGAAAGACUAUCAAAUAUCAGUGGGAUCAUGAAACCUGGCCUCAAUGCAAUUAUGGGACCUCAAGAUGGGAGCAGAUCUUUGUUACUAGAUGUCUUAGCUGCAAGGAAAGACCCACGAGGAUUAUCGGGAGAUAUUUUGAUAAGUGGAAAACCUCGACCUGCUAAUCUCACAUGUACUUCUGGUUAUGUGCCACAAAAUGACGUGGUGAUGCACACGCUGACUGUGAGAGAAAACGUAGAGUUCUCAGCAGCUCUUCGACUGCCGAUGACUAUGACAAGAGAUGAAAAAAGAAGGCGAAUUAAUGAGGUCCUUGAACUUCUGCAUCUGGAUAAAGAGUCCAAUGUUAAGCCUAGAUCUAAAGAGCUCAGUAAAAGGACCAGUAUAGCCAUGGAGCUGGUCACCGAGCAUCCCAUUUUGUUCUUGGAUGAUCCCACCACUGGCUUAGACUUGAGCACUACUACUGAUGUCAUCUCGGUCCUGAAAAUGAUGUCUAGGAGGGGACGGACCAUCAUCUUCUCCAUUAAUCAGCCCCCGUACCCCAUCUUCAGACUGUUUGACAGCCUCACCUUAGUGGCCUCAGGAAAAGUCAUGUUUCACGGGCCUGCGCAGGAGGCUUUGGAGUACUUCAAAUCCGCAGGUUACAACUAUGAUUCUCACAACAACCCUGCAGACUUUUUCCUGGACAUCAUUAACGGAAGUUUCUCUGCUCUAUUAGACACAGAGGAAGACGGCCAUGAUGAUAAAGACCUUUCCGAGAGACAGCACCAAGUCACAGAAAACUUAGCCAAUAUGUAUGCCCAGUCCUCCGAAUACAGCAAAAUGAGAACUGAACUGGAUCCACUCUUGGGGAAACAGAAUGCAGGGAGGAGAUCAGUCUCAGAGGCGAUCACAUGUGUCACCCCUUUCUGGUAUCAGCUUGGAUGGAUUAUCCACCGUUCACUUAAAAAUAUCAAGGGUUUUCCACGGAUCAUUAUAAUAAAGGCAACUAUCACAGCCAUAGUGGCUCUCGUUUUGGGUACAGUUUUCCAUGUCCUACAGAAUGAUUGCACUGCCGUCCAGGGCAGAGCUGCCUUGCUCUUCUUGCUCACAAGCUUUGAAUGUAUCACAGGCAUGACUACAGGGGAGCUCUUUGUGAUUGACAGGGAUCGCUUUCUACAUGAGCACACCAGUGGAUACUACAGAGUGUCAUCGUAUUUCCUUGGGAAAUUGCUGGGUGACCUGGUACCCAGGAGAUUAUUGCCAAGUAUUAUAUUUACUGUUAUAGUAUUCAGCAUGACAGGAGUAAUAACAGAUGUGAAGGGUUUCUUCACUAUGAUAUUCACCAUCAUGAUGUUGGCUUGCUGUACCAGUUCUGUGCCACUGUCUUUAGGAGCAGGGGAGAAUGCAGCAGCUGUACCAACAGAACUCAUAACCAUCUAUUUUAUGUUCAUGCUGUUGAUCUCAGGUCUGUCACUAUAUUCCGUAAACCUCAUGCGGGACCUCUCAUGGAUUAAGUACUUGAGCAUUCCUCAUUAUGGAUUUAUAGCUUUGCAACACAAUGAACUCGUGGGACAAAACUUCUGCCCAGAACAUAAAGCAGCAGAAGUCAGUAGAUGUCACAACUUUGUAAUGUGUACUGGUGAAGAAUUCUUGACAAUCUGGGACAUUGACCUCUCACCAUGGGGAUUCUGGAAGAAUCUCGUGACCUUAACUUGUAUAAUGAUUAUCCUCUUAUUAAUUACCUAUGUGCAGCUAUUAUUUCUUAAGAAAAAGAGAUAUUUUAAAAUCACUCCUCCAUUUUCUUUUAAUUGACCUUUAAAAAACAACAACAACUAAAAUCUUUCUUUUUUGUAAAUCCCCCCCCCCCAAAAGCAACUAGAGUUUUACAUUGUAGGACAAAAUCUGUCUUCAUUUGUUGAAAGAUAUGUGAUUCUGACUGUCUUCUAAAUAUUUACACUUACACUCAUGGACACAUGCUGCAGCCAGCAUUACCCAGGAAAGAUUUCCAUUGUAAUGAAUUGUGGUGAACGCAGAGACUCAUAACUGCUCAAAGGACUAGAGUAAGUGACACUUGAGUACUUAACCCUAAACAGGACACCCAUACAACCCCUUCCAAAGCUUAGAAGAAGAUUUAGUAGAAAGAGUCAGGAGCCAGAAGAUGAGAAGAACAGCUGGAAAUGCUCUAUUGUGGGCAUGACACAGCCCUUGCAACCAUGGUCUGUCUCACAACAUCUGCAGCUCCCUGCACAAGACUGGGUCCUUCAUCAGCACAGCAAGGGUCAGAGAGAGACUCAAUGGGACCACACCCUAUUCUGCUGAACUAUUGCUACUGGAAGAUUAUGGGAGAGAGGCAGUCUUUGAUUUCACAUAGAUACUCAACAGGAGAGGCAGCUAGGCUCCUGUGGAAUAUCUAAAACCAUGAUCACACUGACAACACUGGUUAAACUCUGUGGUUCACAAGACAAAACCCAAAGAUAAAAAUGUGGGAAAGGGAAUUUUGGAGAGGGGUGUUUGAAGGGUUGGAAGGGAGAAAAGAAAGAUGGGAGUGAGUGAGAAUGGCUGAAAUGUAUUAUGUACAUAUGUGAAAUUGUCAAAAUUUUUUAAAUAAAAAUUACAAAUAUAAAAAAGGAA